AUGACCGAGUCAAGCAAUACUACAGACAAUCCCGUCUACUUCUGGCGAGAUGCUGAUACGGAGACCGGAUGGCUUUCACAAUGGUACUACUGUCCAUUCACGGACGAUAAGAACCCCGAAAUAGUAUACGACACUGCCAAACAGUCCGUCUCCCCGGCCCGGACUCUCCAUCCCAUGCAAAGAUGUGCUAAUUACUUCUCAAGUUACAUGAUGUAUCACAAGGCUCUUUUAUUUAACGACCAGGCCGUGGCAGAUCAAGUUCUGUCUGCAGGCCAUCCACGAGACGCCAAAGCCCUAGGCCGCCAAGUUCAGAACUCCUCAGACGAGACAUGGAAAAAGCACAGGACGGCCAUCGUUCAGCAGGGAAACCUCCUGAAAUUCACAGGAGCAGUUACAGAGAAAGGGUUUCGAAAGGGCACGGGCAACGACACACCCCCGAUUGAUGGCAGCUUGCGCGAGAUGCUCCUCGCAACUGGCACCCGCGAGAUUGUAGAGGCCAGCCCGUACGAUAAGACCUGGGGGAUCGGCUGCCUUGCAGCCGAUGCAGAACGUCGUAGGGCCUAUUGGGGUCUCAACUUGCUGGGCAAGGCCUUGAUGGAGGUGAGGUGGUUACUGAGAGAGCAGACGCCACAGACCUGA